AUGGUGAAAAAAUCCAUAGCUUUCUCUCUCCUCCUAAUCGCCGCCAUCUUCUCCGGCAGCCUCGGCCCCGCUGCCGCCAAUUUCUACCCGAACAUCUCGGCCAUCCCUUCUUCCAUCCUCCCCAACGCCUCCGCCUGGGACUCCUUUGUCAAACUCGCCGGCUGCAAAAAGGGGGAGAAAACAGCCGGACUCGACCGGCUCAAGUCAUACUUCCAUAGGUUCGGCUACCUCGACCCCGGCCCCUCCACCAACCUCUCCGACGACCUGUUCGACGACGGCCUGGAGGCCGCCGUCCGGAGCUACCAGCUCAAUUUCAACCUCAACUCCACCGGCCGCCUCGACGUACCAACCCUUCAGCGCAUCGUACAACCCAGAUGCGGAAACCCCGACGUCGUCAACGGCACCUCCACCAUGCGCCGCGGCGGCGGACGCGCCUCCAACUCCACGGUGGCCCACUACUCCUUCUUCCCAAACCGGCCGCGGUGGCCCCCCGGCCGGAGCGAGCUGACUUACGCCUUCGAUCCGGCGAACCGGCUGUCGGACCAGGUCCGGGCGGUCUUCGCCCGGGCUUUCGAACGGUGGUCGGAGGUUUCCACGCUGUCGUUCGUCGAGGCGGCGGCCGGCGGCCGGGCGGACAUCCGGAUCGGGUUUUUCACGGGGGAGCACGGUGACGGGGAGCCGUUCGACGGGGUACUGGGGACGCUAGCGCACGCGUUCUCGCCGCCGGCGGGGAGGUGCCACCUGGACGGCGACGAGAGCUGGGUGGUGGACGGGGAUUUUCUCGGCGGGUCGCCGUUCUCGGCGGUGGAUCUGGAGUCUGUGGCGGUGCACGAGAUCGGGCAUCUGCUAGGGCUCGGCCACAGCUCGGUGGAGGAGGCGAUUAUGUACCCGACGAUAUCGUCUGGUAGCCGGAAAGUGGAGCUAGCGGCCGACGAUAUAAUGGGGAUCCAGGAGUUGUAUGGGUCGAACCCCAAUUAUAACGGGUCAGGGGUGGAUUUGGUGCCCAGAGGGGAGAGGGACUUCAGCGGCGGUGGCGGGCGGCGGCGGCUGCUGACGGUGGUGUCGGAGGGGAGGUCUGAAAUAUUUCUGUAUUGGAUUGAGAUUUCUGUGGCUAGAAAACAGGGGACUUCAAUGAUUGGUGGUGGAGGAUCUCGGAGCUCAACAAAUCAGAUAUCUCGGAAUUCUGUAUCCAAUUUUCCACUUAUAUCAUUUGGUAGUUGUGGAAGGCCCGAAACUUGUGGGUUUUUCGAAAUGAAUGACUGCCUGCGAAAAUGA